AUGUUGCCACACAUCGUCUUGGUACUAUGGCUGUAUAUGCAGGUCAUAACCAUCAACUGCACGGCAAACCUACCAGCCUUGAAGAAAGAUUACUGCAUAAUUGGUGCUGGACCAUCAGGACUACAGUUAGGUUAUUUCUUACAUAAAGCCGGAAGAGACUACUUGAUCUUUGAGCGAACCAAUUCAUCUGGUGCAUUCUUCAUGGACUAUCCAAGACACAGGACAAUGAUAAGUAUCAAUAAACGGAAUACCGGCAAAACAAAUAAGGAGUUCAAUUUGAGACACGAUUGGAAUUCUCUGCUAAGCGACGAUGACAGUUUGCAAAUGAGACAUUAUUCGCACGAUUUCUUUCCACAUGCUGAUGUUUUUGUGAAAUAUCUUCAAGAUUACACAGAGAAGCAUGGUAUCAAUGUCAAGUACAAUACCAACAUUGUGAACGUCAAACGUCGAGACAAAUUUGAAUUUCAAAUGCAAGAUCAAAGUAACAAUACAUAUGACUGUGGAACUGUGAUUGUUGGAACCGGCUUAUCUCUGCCAAAUAUUCCUUCCUUUAAAGGGGUUGAACAUACGGUGGGUUAUGAAGACAUGUCGAUGGAUAAAGCAGACUAUGAAGGGAAGACGGUAUUGAUAAUGGGGAAGGGGAAUUCAGGAUUUGAGACUGCUGAUUAUAUAAUGGGUGCAACAAAUUUCAUCCACAUAUUGUCAAGAACACAAUACAAAUUAGCAUGGAAUACGCAUUAUGUAGGAGAUUUAAGAGCUGUGAAUAAUGGUUUAUUAGAUACAUAUCUAUUAAAAUCACUCGAUGGAGUACUUUAUUCAGAAGUAGAAAAAAUGAAGUUCGUUAAAAUAGGAGACAAGAUUCAUAUCACUCAACCUGGAAAGUCGAACUCUACACAUCGACAAUCAAGACGACCUGUCGAUAAUAAUGACCUUCGAGAACCAUAUGAUGUCGUCAUUCGAUGCCUCGGAUUCAAGUUUGAUUUCAGUCUAUUUGAUAAGAGUGUACAUGUUGAGCCAGGUAGAAUCAAAGGAAAAGAGAAGUAUCCUGCAAUUACCCAUAGCUAUGAGGCUUUCAAUGUACCAGGAUUAUUCUUUACUGGCACCAACACUCAUUCUUUGGACCAUAAAAAAUCAGCUGGUGGAUUUAUACAUGGUUUCAGAUAUACAGCUCGGGUGCUUAGCAGAAUAUUGGAGUUUCGGAAUCACAAUGUCUCUUGGCCAUCUGUUACACAACCUACAACAGAACUAUUAAAUCACAUCGUUAAACGCUUCAAUGAAGCUUCUGGGACAUAUCAGAUGUAUGGUGUUCUCGGCGAUAUUGUCAUGUUCUCGAGAAAUCGUACAGUUUACACGUAUAUUGAGGAAUUUCCAGUAAACCUACUCGACCAAUUACGUACGAAGACUGGUCAUGACACAGAGGAGGUUUUGGUUAUUAUUAUGCAGUAUGGGAAAAGACGGUUUUUCAAGAAGUUUACUGGUAUUCCAGGGAAAGCUCAUCUUUCGUAUUUUCUCCACCCGGUUUUAUACUACUAUGAUGAAUUGCCUUCAAGAGGUGCAAUGAGAAACCUUACAGAAGGAAGUGUAUUACCAAGACCAAUGAAAGUACAUCACACCGUUGAAGACUUUUUAACAGAUUUCACUGCACCAAAUAGUCACAUCUUGCUGCUACGUCGGUUUCUAGAGUCUUGUUUCCAAACUGAUCUCCGUAAUUUAUAUGACAGUCAAUGUUUCUCCAUGGCAAUGACUAGCGAAGUGGUGUCGUCAAUGUGCCAAUACAAUGAUUAUCAACUGAAGAUGAGCUUACCAGGUGAAAGACAGGGAAGUUGA